UAGAGCGACCUAGUAGAGUACUGAUAAAUCCUAGAUUGGUGCUGCGACUUUCGUGCUUCGAGGGUGAAUGCGGUGCGGAUAAAUCUCGUGCGAUUCUUUGACAUCAGAAGAAACUCUAUCAGUCCUUAAUCUGGUGUCCCAAAUUUGGUACCCUUAAUCUAUUAUCAGAAGUAUCUUAUCAACCCGUUGUCACCAACCCCUUAUUAUUAGACUACGACCAAUCAACCAGCCUGACUAUAUCAUCAGCCGUACAUUUUAUUUUCAUCACUGUCUUCAAUUUGUCGCACUUGUUGACUUGGAUCGCAGUGGGAGGAACAUGUGAUUUUGUGGUCGAGUUGAAAAGAACCUGGAAAGAGAAACGAGCGAUGUGAACUGUGUCUUUGCUUCUUAUCGGUAUUCUUAUCGACACUGGUGGUUGUCCUCACUCGGUUAGGAACUGUAAUCUGUUCGAUCAGGACGUGCGAAGUAUAGGGGCGACGCGAUCAAGAGGGGUGGGUCAUUUCCUGGACCAAAAGGCUGGGGGGUAAACACUCGGUGGCAGUCGGGAUGCGGCACGCGGAGCUGCUUGGAUCCAGGUAACACGUGGCGACUUCGCGCAUUCCGCGCUCACGAGGAAAGCUGUUUCAGCGUGAGAGGCUGGGACAUCCAGGAUGCUAGGGGUGCGGAAGUUGCUACGUUUGCUGAUCUAUAUGUUGGUUGGCUUGAAAAACGUUAGUAGCAGCGGAGAUCUCUGGCCACUGGAGAGGCCAGAGGGAAUGCCAGCAAUACAGUCACUCGAAGUAAUGUGUGGGAAGGACCACAUGGAUGUACAUCUUUCAUUUUCACAACCCUUCGAAGGAAUUGUCUCCUCCAAAGGUCAACAUGCGGAUCCCCGUUGCGUCUACGUUCCACCAUCAACGGGUCAAAAUUUUUUUUCCUUUCGGAUAGCAUACGCAAGGUGUGGUACGAAACCGGAUAUGCAUGGCCAGUUUUAUGAGAAUACUGUAGUAGUCCAAUACGAUAAGGAUCUACUUGAGGUUUGGGAUGAAGCAAAAAGGUUGCGAUGUGAAUGGUUCAACGACUACGAAAAAACGGCAUCGAAACCACCAAUGGUCAUUGCAGACCUUGACGUCAUACAGCUUGAUUUUAGAGGAGACAACGUUGACUGCUGGAUGGAAAUUCAACAUGGAAAGGGACCAUGGGCACCUCCAGUCUCAGGAAUCGUCCCCUUGGGUUCCACCCUGACACUUGUCGUCGCCAUAAACGAUUACAGAGGCGAAUUCGACAUGCGAGUUAAAUCUUGUGUGGCCUCUGAUGGUGGAGGUCAUACGAUACAACUUAGCGAUGAAUUUGGCUGCGUAUUGAGGCCAAAAAUGAUUAGCCGUUUUUUGAAGGCCCGCGGAAAUGAUGAUCGCGCCACUGUCAUCGCUUACGCCUUUUUCCAUGCAUUCAAGUUUCCGGAUGCACUCAGCGUUCACAUCAAGUGCAAGGUGGAGAUAUGUCGACACGGAUGUCUGGACCAUUGUCAGCUGAACGAUUCUGGGGGACAUUACAUUCAGGACCGCAAAGACGUGAAUGUUAAGCCUUUGUAUUCACAAACGACGACGACGUCCACAAAUCACGAAGAAGAUGGCUCAAUGUACGACGACAUCAUCCAGAAUGGCGAUGAGAUGACCUCUAUUGGUGGCCAGUUCCUGGGAGUCGAAAAAUCAGCCCCGAAGGCACAAGCACAAAUGAUGAGCAAUCGAGUCUUCAAGCCUGCUACUGACUCGCGUCCGGGUCUACCUGCCAUGGAUCAUCAACUUCCGCCACCGAUUUUGGAACCUGCCCGAGUGACACGUUACGAAGGUGAAGAGCGAUUCCCUCACGGACCUCGCAACCUGGAUGAGGAGAGCGAUCACGAUCAGAAUCUGGAUCAAGAUAAGCAUGCAAGGGAAUCAUCCGAGAAUGAGGACCCAGAAAAGAGAACCAACGACUCAAAACGGGAACCGAAGAUGGGCCCCCUUCCAGCCGAAAAUCCAAUUCGCCGAAGACGUUCCAUGGUCGUGUCCGACCGAAAGGUGCGAAGCGCCGACGUCGGAGUGAGUGGCAUCUACGAGGUCAUCUCUGAAGCUGACCUGGCCUUCAGUCCAGAUACCCACGCCGAGGCUGUAACAGUCUUCCAAGGCAGGAUUCGUGAAGAAGUCGUCUACGGAAUUUGUCUUCCGGUACCAGGAUUCAGCGCCCUCUUCAUCGUGGUAGCACUCUCGGCUGUAAUAUCGGCCCUAGUUGCAGGAGCCAUGCUACAUCGAUUACAGGUUCAGCGAGACAUGAUCCGAGGAAGUCGAAAAAAUCGAACCGUUCAACAAACGACCAAUGGUUGGUUGUCUUAUGGGCUGCUUCGGGUCCGUUGCUCCGGCCGGCCUCAUCGAGAUCUGCAAGCUCAUAAGCCUUCUGGGACCAACCCGGUCGUGCACUGAAGCAUUCGAUUUAUUUUAUUUUAUAAACAUAUUUUAUACUCGAUCCAAUGAUAUUAAACGAGCGCGAACGCCGUCAGAGACAAUGUGCAAUAUACUACUGUACAAAGUACCGUAAGUGCGUAGUAACCGAGUUCAAAGCGUAACUCGCACCCCUGUCCUCUAGAUUUCAAUCUUGUCCCUAACAGGCUUCCUGAGUUGAAAUUAAAAAUACUGGUGGAUUCUUUUUUGAAUCAUGACAAAAGUUAGAUUGACUUGAUUUUUUAUGAAGAAAAUAUUUAAUUCCAGAAAUAAGUAGCUUAAGGGAAAGAUAGCUUGAGGGAAAAAGGUAGCUUAAUGGAAAAACACUUAACCAGCAAUCAGGAGUUUUGUGGCUUUUUUCCCAGUGUACCGUAGGAGAAGAUCCUUCUUCAGACAAAAAUUUUAACUCAUAGCUCCAUCUAGUCUAAAAGGAAUCCCAGAAUUUCUUUCAUUCUCUGAUGAUAAUACAUAUUCCUUUUAAAAUUUUACUUUUAGCACUUGGAAUAAUAAUAAGUGUGUUUCUAAGAAAGGAUUCUUCUUUCGCUCUCUGUAGUAGCUUAAGGUAAAAGCACCCAACCAGCAAUCGGAACUUUUCUGCUUCUUCCAGCUGAUGGAUGGAGAUAUUUUUUCAUAAAAAAAUGAAUUUUCCAAAUUUUAAAUUCGUAGCUUCAUCUAGCCUGAAAAGGCGUCCAGAAUUUAUGUUAAUCUCCUAUGAUAAUGCAGAUUUCUUUACAAAUUUGAAUACCUAACACCUGGAAAUAUAAUGCAUUUAUUUCUAAAAAGAGUUAUUUUUUCUAUUUUUCUAGUAGCUUAUGGGAAAAGCACCCAACCAGCUUUUGGAAGUUUUCUGUUUCAUUUUCCAGCGGAGCGAAGCAGAUAUUUUUUUCAGAAAAAAUUUAAUUUUCAAUUCAUAGCUCCAUCUAGUCUAAAAACACUUUAAGAAUUUUUUUGUACUCUGAUAGUAGCUUAAGGGAAAAGUACCCAACCGGCUAUCAUAGCUUUAUCUAGUAUGAAAAGACGUAACUAAUUUUUGUUAUUCUCUGAUGAUAAUACAGAUUCCUUGAAGAAGAAUAACUAUCGAAACAGACAUUUUUUAUUAAAUGAACAUUCCUGAAGGAAAUUAAAACUACCGGAAAUGGAAGUGACAUUAUUUUACCUUAAAAUAAAAAUCACGAAAGUUGAAAAAUACUGAAAAUAUAAUUACCGUUAUAGACGAUUAUCGAAAACUGAAAAAUUUAGAAAUUCCAAAUUACCAAAAAUGGAUAAAACUGCCAGAAAUAUUUCUUAAUGAAAUUGAAAUAAUGUAAAAGUGAAAGAUAAUGAAAAUAACAAAAUUCAGAACUUUCAAAUUACUGGUGAGAUUAAAUUAACGCGAUUGCAUCAAUUUUGAUUAAAAUUUAAAAAUCCAAAUGUUUGAAUUCCCGAAAUUAGUAAACGUGAGAAUAGAAAAAAACUAUUUUAUUUUUUUCCGGGAGUCUACAAAUUCGCCAAUUUACAGCUUUCCGUAAUUUCAAAUUUUUGUGAUUUACUAUUUUCGGAAAUUUAAAAAUUUCUAAAUUUUCUAUUCUUAGAAAU